AUGUUGGAGGAGCGCAAGGGAUGGGUUGUCCUCGUCGAGCAACUCGCUGGCGGCCAACUCGCCACGAUGCACAACGAGACCCUGCGUGAUCUCGCCGACGUUCGCGCCCAGUCGGAUACCAAGGCACUCAAAAAGACGAUUGCCACGUACUAUGCGCUGCUAGGCGAGGAGAUGCAGGGGGAGAAGCUCGAAGCAGCCCAUGUAUCGUUCACGGUCGCGUUGGACCAGCUGGCGCAGCAGCUGGCCAAGUCGAAGCGGAUAGAGCAGGUUGCGGCGUGGGAAAUCGACUCGUACCGGCAAGAAGUCGCGAGCCUCGAGCAAUCAAGCGAGGAGACACGACAGAAGCUGGCGGCACUGGGGGAGAAACUUACUUCGGCACAGCAGGAGCGGGCGCGGCGGAUAGAGUACGACGGGAUUGCGAAGACGAUCGCGCGGCUGCCAGACCGACAAAAGGGCCAGGAGUCGCUCGACAAGCUGAAUGCCGACAUUGACCUGCUGCGACAAGAAGAGCGGACGUAUGCCGAAACGUGGCAGAUGCGCAAGCUGGCGUUCGACUCGAUCGUGACGAGCUUGGAAGCGAUGCAGGAGGCUAUCCGUGACGAGAAGGCCGAGCAGGAACGACGACGAGCGCUGGACGAAGACGAUGGCGAGGAAGUUGGAGCAGGAACGGCGGGAACAGGCGGUGCGACCAACACCCGGGCUCAAUCGCUGGACCCGAAUGCGAAGCCGUUCGUUCCUGGUGCUGGCGCGACGGAAGCGAAGGAGGGUGAAGAUGUCAAUAUGGAGGGCGUUGAGGCGACGGAGGAACAGAAGGAGGAAGGCGGUCGAAGAGAGCGGGACAAGGGACAGAUGACGGACGACCGGGAAGAGGGGGAGAUGUGA